AGACUGUGACUCCAGCCUGGGGAUAAUAACAGUGGAAAGGUUGAUUCCUGCUGCAGCAGCAGGACGGAAACAAUGCUGAGGACCCACCCACCUUCAGGCUGCUCUCUCUGCUCGUCUCUUCCUGGAUCUGACGCCCGCAUCUGGUUCUGAAGAUGAGCUACCCAGGUUACCCUCCUCAGUCUGGCGGAUACCCACCCCAAGCAGGGGGCUACCCACCUCAGUCAGGGGGCUAUCCACCCCAAGCAGGCGGCUACCCUCCGGCAGCAGGAGGUUACCCACCAGCAGCAGGUGGCUACCCCCCACAGGCGGGAGGCUACCCCCCACAGGCAGGUGGAUACCCACCUCAGGCUGGCGGUUUCCCUCCGGCAGCAAGCGGUUUCCCUCCGGCAGCAAGCGGUUUCCCUCCAGCAGCAGGAGGUUACCCCCCAGCAGCAGGGGGCUUCCCUCCCCAGGCUGGUGGCUACCCUGCCCCAGCUGGAGGCUUCCCUCCUCAGGCAGGUGGAUACCCACCACAACCUGGAGCAGGCGGCUAUCCUUCUGUGCCUCCAGCAGGUGGAGGCUGGGGUGCAGCACCAGCUGGCUAUGGAGCGCCAGGAGGAGCUCAGCAGGGACACCCAGGGGGCCCAGCCCCUGGCCAACCCAUGCCAAACUACCCCGGGGCGCCUGCAACUAGCCCCUCGAUGCCUGCAUAUGGAGGUGGAGUUCCAUCCAACCCUCAGGCACCUGCCAUUCCUAGAGGUUACAGGGGUUCUAUUAAGGAUUUUCCAGGUGCUGAUCCUCUGAGGGAUGUUGAAGUGCUUCGCAAGGCCAUGAAGGGUUUUGGCACCGAUGAAAAUGCCAUUAUUGAGCUUCUGGGAAGUCGUACCAACAAGCAGCGGGUUCCAAUGGUAGCAGCUUACAAAACCACUUAUGGGAAGGAUUUAAAACGUGAUCUGAAGUCUGAGCUCACUGGAGACUUUGAGGAUCUGGCUCUUGCCAUGUUGCAGACCCCGGCGCACUUUGAUGCAUCUGAACUCAGAGAGGCUAUAAAGGGCGCUGGAACUGAUGAGGCUUGUCUGAUUGAGAUUUUGUCUUCACGCUCCAAUGCAGAGAUUCAGGAAAUAAACAGAAUCUACAAAGCUGAGUAUGGGAAGAGCCUGGAGGACGCCAUCAGCAGCGACACCUCUGGUCACUUCCGCAGGCUCCUCAUUUCUCUCUCUCAGGGAAACCGUGAUGAAAGGGAGACUGUUGACAUCUCAUUGGCCAAACAGGAUGCUCAAAAAUUGUAUGCUGCCGGGGAAAAUAAAGUGGGAACUGACGAGUCUCAGUUUAAUGCCAUCCUGUGUGCUCGCAGCAAGCCUCACCUUCGGGCAGUCUUCCAGGAGUACCAGCAGAUGUGUGGGAGGGACAUUGAGAAGAGUGUCUGCAGGGAAAUGUCUGGGAAUUUGGAGUCUGGCAUGGUAGCUGUGGUGAAAUGCAUCAAGAACACCCCGGGCUACUUUGCAGAAAGGCUCCACAAGGCCAUGAAGGGAGCAGGGACCAAGGACAGAACCCUGAUCCGCAUCAUGGUGUCCCGCUCUGAGAUCGACAUGUUGGACAUCAGACAGGAGUAUCUGAGGACCUACGGAAAAUCACUGUACACUGCCAUCUCAAGUGAUACCUCUGGUGAUUACAAGAAGCUGCUGUUGAAGCUGUGCGGAGGAAGCGACUAAAAAGACGGGAAGAUGACCUCUAUACGUCCAGACUGAAACAAUGUUAUAGGACCUUGUAUCCCUUGUGAUGCAUGCAGUUAAAUUCACUUUGUCGAUGACUACAGUGAAUUUUUUUUUAUUUUAUUUUGCUACCGUACAUAUGAUAUACAGUAGAAGAUUGAAAAGUCUGAUUUAAAAAGAUGCAGUAGACACCUUAAUCAUUAUUGGGUAUUAGGUGGAAUCAUAUCGAGCAAAAUGUGUGUGCCUAAACAUUUCAUACUCAAUAUUGUACUUAUAUUGCUGUAAUGAAGGUAAACUAACUCUACACCAUAGAAUAACAUUAAGAAUGUACUACAAUGCCCUAAAACCCGAAGUCUAUAUCAAUUUGGAAUUAUCUUUAAAGAAAAUCCAAUUUGAAAAUGAAAGAACUUAAAGUGAAGAACGAGGCAAAUGUGCCAUUUAUAUGAUGUAAUAUAUAUAAAUUACCCACACAAGGAAUGAUUUAAUACCUUUUUUUUGCAUUAUUUCUGUGAGGCGAUGCCAACAUUUCAACUGUGUUUAAGUAUUUACAAAGAUGUGUCAGGCCAUUCUAUCUCGCACAGCAUUUAUGAUCACUUGAUACUUGUUUAGAGGAUCACGUUUAAAGUUUAGGUAAUUUUUGAAUGUAUGAAGUAAUUAUCUACAAAAGGCGUCUCAUCUUUGUAUAUGAACUAACUCGAAUUGUACUCCUGCUUGCAAGUCUAUGCAAAUGAUUCAUACCUUUUACAAUCAUAGUUCAGCAUUUAUAAUGUUAACUUUCACUCAGUGCUGAGAAGCCAAAGUCGAAAGACGGGAAGUCUUUGUGCCUUUGUGAGCGCUACUGUGUUAAACUGGUGGAGCUUGUCGAUGUCUCACUGUGGUAUAUCUUGCAAACAAUCUAUAAUCAUUCUUGUAAUGGCUGCAGAAAUGUAAUCUUUACAUUGUUUCUUAGUAUUUUGUUUACAUAUCUCACAGUUGUCUGAACUGGUUGGUAUGUUUUACCGCCAGUAGAGGGCUCUGGGUUCACAUCAUUUCUCACUUAUGUGUGUGAUUGUUUUGCCUGCUGACUUGGAGUUUUGUUUUGAACAGUGUAUCUCUUUCGAUAUCUACUUGUCCAUUAUGGUUGCAACCGAAUACUGGUUGCAGUUCAGUGGAUGGCUUUUAAAAAUAGCCACUUCUCAUUUCAAUUAAAAAAAAAAAAUCAAAAACA